UUUGUUCUCUACGACGAAUAACUUGGUUUAAAUGAAUCAGUUGCUGUGUGCCUUUUUAAUCGCUUGCAGACUUUUAACUAUCGCAGCAGGUGAAAACCGAGCACAGGCAGUCUUCACGGAAUGCCAAGAAUUGCACUCAGCCUCCAGUAUGGGGAUCAUCAAAAACCCGGAGGGAUUCGGGCAGAUCGACCUGUGUACCUACGCCAUUAAAAUUAACGCAGAUAGCCAAAUUGCAAUGAGUUUUACGGAAACAAAUAUGAGUGUAGUUGCUGCUUCCUACCUCGACUACGUUUUGGUGUUCGACGGGCUGGAUUGCAUGUCUGAACGAAUCGGAGUAGCAUACGGAACUGAAACACCGACCUACAUUUCAAACGGAAACAUGAUGAUGGCGUGGUACAUAUCGGAAUCCAACAGUAGAAUAUUCAAAGCUACGUAUAGCGCAGUUAACAAAGACAAUACAACCACUCCGAACCCACCAAUGGGUGGUAAUUCCAUAUUGAUAAAUUGCGGUGAAGAGUUGAAUGGAACGAGAGGAGACUUCUCAUUUAAAGCAAACAGAAAUGCGAACCACCUAUGCAUUUGGAGACUGAGGGUUCAGAAUGGAAACAGGAUACGCCUGCGAGUUAGAGCCUUCCUGUGGUCAUCACGUGGGUCGUGGCUUGUUAUACUGGACGGUGGCAACUGCGAUGCGAAGGUACUAGCUUUCAUUGAUCCUUGGGACCCACCCUAUAUGUACGGCGCCAUCUCAACCUCUAAUGCCGUGGUUGUUGUAUUUUCGUCAGCGUUCGGUUCCUCUCCAGAUUCAAUUCAGGCGUCUUAUUGGGAGGUGGAGACACCGACAACCGCGAGCACCUCAAGCACCACAACGGAAUCAAAUGAAACCACGUCCACUGUGAGAGAUGACGAAACAACUACAUUCACAGGGUCGUCUUCAAAUGUGGAGACAUCGACAACCGCGAGCACCUCAAGCACCACGACGGAAUCAAAUGAAACCACGUCCACUGUGAGAGAUGACGAAACAACUACAUUCACAGGGACGUCUCCAAAUGUAGAGACAACGACAACUACGAGCACCCCAAGCACCACCACGGAAUCGACUAAAACCACGUCCACUAUGAGAGAUGACGAAACAACUACAUUCACAGGGUCGUCUUCAAAUGGUCACAAGCCCCAAGCAACAUUAUUGUUACUUGGUUCCUGCAUUCUGAGCAUUAUGUGCUUUGGAUAA